ACACAUUCAGUUUCGAAACAAGUCUGUUCGAGGAAAAAAUCAAAAGAACUGGUUGAAAGGGCAUGCUUGAUGCUGUCAUUAAAUCGUUCUCUUUGUGUUUGCUGCCAUUAGUGUGAACGCAUGUGUUUUGUUUUUUCACAGUCGACGACGCAAUAAAUUUCAUUUUUUUCAUCACCAAUUUCCGUUCGAUCAAUUCGAUUUUGAGUUUAUUUGUGAAAAAAAAAAAAACAAAAACACAAAGACAACCAUGGUUCGUGCUCCAACAAAUAAUUUCCAACAAAAAUCUGGUGCGCAUCGUCAUCACGGUGAUGACAGAGGCAAGCCCAGCGGAGGAGCACGCUUCGGUGGCGGUGGUUCACGUAAUGGUGGCGAUCGAUUUGGUGGUAAGAAGACAGUUGGUGAAAAUUCACCACUGACCCAACCCAAUUGGAGCUCAAUUCAAUUAAGUGCAUUUAAAAAGGAUUUCUACAAACCAAAUGCAAUCGUACAACAACGGUCCCCGUUGGACAUUGACGCAUUUCGUACCGAGCAUAGUAUUACGAUUCGUGGACGUGCACCAAAUCCCAUCAUUAAUUUCGAUGAGAUUAAUAUGCCAGACUACGUGAUGAACGAGAUCAGACGACAGGGUUACGAAAGACCAACCCCGAUUCAAGCACAAGGCUGGCCAAUCGCAUUGAGUGGUGCAAAUAUGGUCGGAAUCGCUAAGACUGGUAGUGGAAAAACAUUAGCGUACAUUUUGCCAGCCAUCAUUCACAUCAACAAUCAACAACGUUUGUGCCGUGGCGAUGGACCAAUCGCCUUGGUGUUGGCACCAACACGUGAACUUGCACAGCAAAUCCAACAAGUUGCAGGCGAAUUUGGAUCGGAAUCACACGUACGAAAUACAUGCUGUUUUGGUGGCGCAAGCCGUGGUCCACAGGCCCGUGACUUGCAACGUGGCUGCGAAAUUGUUAUCGCCACACCAGGACGCUUAAUUGAUUUCUUGGAAUCGGGACAAACCAAUCUCAAACGAUGCACAUACUUGGUUUUGGAUGAAGCCGAUCGUAUGCUUGACAUGGGUUUCGAGCCGCAAAUCCGUAAGAUUAUCGAACAGAUUCGGCCCGAUCGUCAAGUGUUGAUGUGGUCAGCCACUUGGCCAAAGGAAGUGCGUCGAUUGGCAGCUGAUUUCCUUGGCGAAGAUUACAUUCAAUUGAACAUCGGCUCAUUGGAAUUGGCAGCCAAUCACAAUAUUCGCCAAAUCGUUAACAUUUGCGCAGACUCGGAAAAAGAAGAGAAACUUCAAACAUUGCUUGAGUCAAUCUAUGACAGUGACAAAGAACCAGGCAAAAUCAUCAUAUUUGCGGAAACAAAAGCUCGUGUUGAAAAUGUCGCUCGUUACAUUCGCAGCUUCAACGUUCACUGUGUUGCUAUUCACGGUGACAAAUCACAGCAAGAACGUGACUUCGUACUAAGACAAUUCCGUAUGGGAAAAGCGAACAUUUUGGUUGCAACCGAUGUUGCAGCUAGAGGUCUUGACGUUGACGGCAUUCGACACGUGGUUAAUUAUGAUUAUCCAGGCAACUCAGAAGAUUAUAUUCAUCGAAUUGGACGCACAGGUCGAUCAGAUACAUUGGGAACAUCAUACACAUUCUUCACAGAUAACAAUGCCCGACAGGCCAGCGAUUUAGUGGCGGUGUUGCGCGAAGCCAAACAAGAUAUCGAACCCAAACUGUUGGAUAUGGCCAAUCGCAAUCGUGGCCGUGGCGGUAACAGUUUUGACAAAGCUCGACGUUACGGCGGUUUCGGCCGAUCGAAUGGCGGUGGCUUCCGAAAUGGAAACAGUUACGGCAAUGGCAACAGCUGGGGUGGCAAUAGACAACGCAACGGCGGUGGCUAUGGCGGUGGUGGCAACAGUAACGGAUUCUCAAAUGGGAACACCAGAAAAACAUUUGAAUAAGUUACCAAUAGCCAAUUUUCUUUUUCCUCUUCUAUGUGUUCUAAGUUUUUUUUUAUUAGUUUAAUUUCAAUUUCACUUUGAUUUAAGUAAAGAAACAAAAUAAAUUGCAAUGAGCGUGCGUUUUUCGAUGGAACAAAAAAAAAUACAAUUACCAAUUUUAAUAUAUUCCCUCUUAUAUUAUAUUAACCUAAAUACUAAUUUAACUGGUUGUCAAUUUUUGAGACAGUGGAGAUUAGAACAUUUAGUAGGCUGAGACAUGAACAACCAACAAAAUGUCUCACACAAUCGUACAAAUUAUGUAAUUCUGCAAUUGUGUUCAAUCCGUGAAAAAUCAUAAAAAAUAAAACCUCUGCUUUUGGGACCGCAAAAAAAAAACAAA